AUGAACAAUUAUAUGAAUUAAAAGAAAUUAUAAGUUGAAUAAAAAUCUCCUAGACUGUUGAUCUUCCCAAAAUAAAAAUAGAAUUAAGUAAACAGCAGAGCAGCAAUGAACUAUUUUACAGAAAUGAAAAAGGAACACUAAUAAAUUAAUCAAAACAAAUAAGUCUUACCUCCAGAAUUCUAUAUAUCAUUAUUGUCAUUAGAGCCAAAACAAUCACAAUUACAUAACCCAAAUAUCGAGUUGAUCCGAACCUUAAUUGAUAGUUAUCUAAUUAUCAUCGAAUAACUAAAUGGACAAGAUGGAUUGAUGAUUUAUUUUAAGGAUAAAAUUAAUAGCUUAUUAGAACAACCAUAAGUUAGAUAAUGCAUAUAAAAAAGUGAUGAUGCUUAAUUGCAACAAAUGUUAGAGAAAAGUCAACAAUCUUAUUGUAAAUAGUCAAAUGUGGAAGAGAUGGAAGCAUAUAUGAAUAUGAACAAACCCCAGGUUAGAAACUCCUUAGCAACCUUUUUAACUAUGCACGAUAGAUUAGAGAAGGAAUAUGACAAGGCAUAAUAGAUUUUGUAGGAUUAUGACGAUCAUGUUGCUCAGUUUGAUGAACUCAUGUAAAAAGAUCUUGAUAACCAAAAGAAUGCUUUGGAAGAUAGGCUGAAAAAAAGAAGUGAUAUUAAAAAAAGGUAUUCCGGCCAUGAAUAGAGACCUAACCCUAAUGAUUUUUGA